UUUCCCACGCCUCGUUCUGACUACUCCUCCACAAUACGGCUUCGUCAUUAAACAUAAAACUUUGUUGCGCCCCAAAAGUGAAGUAGCCAGAGCCAAGAAGCUCACAAGUAUCAUCCCUUCUCUUCCAUCCCAUUCCUUGCAUCCAUAAAGGGAGGAAUAGAACCUUUCACCUCUCAGACCUCCCUCUCCACGCCUCACAUCUCUCAGCAUACUCGAUCACACAUCUCUGUCUUUGUGGUCCAUCUAUCCGAACACAGUUUGGCCCAUAUAAGACGCAUAACUUUGGGUUGGAUUUGAAGCAAGAGACAGGAGGAAAGUGAAGGCAGAUAUGGAAUGGAAUGGAAGCAUGAGACCCUUUGUUCCUCGAGCUGAGUCUUCCUUAAGUUUCCUCUACAACUAUAACUGCAGCCCAUAUCCAGGAAUGGAAGUGAAACACGGAGCAGCAGCACAAGGGUUGGUUCCGGAUAUGGAGAAAAUAAAGUACGGAAACCAGAUGGAGAAGAAGAAGCGACUAACGAGCGAGCAGCUUGAGUCGCUGGAGAGGAGUUUCCAGGAGGAGAUAAAGUUGGACCCUGAUAGGAAGAUGAAGCUCUCGAGGGAGCUAGGGCUGCAGCCUCGCCAAAUCGCUGUAUGGUUUCAAAAUAGGCGUGCUAGGUGGAAGGCUAAGCAGCUCGAGAACUUGUAUGAUGCCCUCAAACAAGAAUUUGAUGCUAUAUCUGAGGAAAAACAGAGGCUUCAAGAAGAGGUUGUGAAGUUGAAGGCAAUACUAAGAGAGCAAGCGUCAAAGACACAAGUUUCUGCAGGUUAUACAGAAGUUUCUGGGGAAGAAACAGUGGAAAGCACGUCCGAGGCAGCGCUGCGUAGCUCUAACACGCAGCCACGGGGAGCAACGAGCCAUCAUCAGCAGAAUAUUGCAGAGGCCAAUUAUUCUUUCACUGUAGAGGAUUAUAGCAACGUUUCACUGCCCUACUGGGCCACUCUUGUGCCUCAUUAUCCUUAAGUUGCUACUUGUUUGAUUAAUUUGUUGCAACUCUAUAUAAAAUCACCUUCACGCGGUGUGGUUACUAGAUCAGAACCCGGACUUCUAGGACCGACAAGUAGCAUUAACGAAGACCCUGUUAGCAUGAUAACUUGAAUUAUAUAAGACAGUAUUACUAUUCAGGCCAUUAGUUAAUCUCUCCCGUUAUGUUGCAUC